CACACCGUUAUCCGGUACGGAGUCUCGCUCAUCGCCGCUUCCGCAGAAUCACAGCAACAAGAAUCACAUCAACAGCACCGAGAGAAGAGAAGAGAAGAGAACCGGACACUUCAUCACUCCAUCACUGUAUCAGUCCCCAGUGCUGCUGCUGCUGUUGUUGUUGUUGUUGUUGUUGUUGUUGAUGUUGAUGAUUUGGAGCUGGAGGGUUUUUCGGCACUGACGCGGUGUGAACUUGAUCAUGUCAGAGCUGGGAUUGUGAUGAAAAACCGGAGACACACUCCAGCUGUCCUUAUUCACUCACGUGCUGAAGCAGCAGAAAUAUCCAGACACUCAGCAAAUGUUUUAUGGUGUAUUGAUCCCGAGAGCCUGAGAGAUGAUAAGGAAAAGUGCAGAUAUACUCGGGGAUUCAGCACAAGUUCAGACGUGAAGUGUCCUCAGGUAGCUCAUCCUGUGUUGGAUGAUGUUCUGGCCCACUGCUUUGAGACCUUUCUGUUAUGGAUGGGGAAUUAUGGAGAAUAACUGAUAUUGGUUCAUUGUCUGUAUUUUCCUUUUGCAUGCCAGUGCCAUGGUUCUUUCAAAAAAAGAUCUUUCUGAGAACAUCCAUCGUCCAAGCUGCAGGAUUUGCGAACACAACCUGUGGGUAGGCGAGAUGUUUUUCCUCGCUUCUGCAUGGGGCUAGAACGUCUAUAAACUGUGACGCUUUCCCCAGCACGAUGGUUUCCUCUCAGAUUCUGGACCUCCACAAAAACUAGCUACCGAUUCAGACCACCUCCAGAGCAGAGUGUGAUUGCCUCAUCCACCAGGCAGCGUUAGCUACACGUGGUGCCUGAGAUGGACACGGCGUCCUUGUCAUUUCUUAAAUAAGUGACUCGUUCUGAGUUCUGGAGCGAGGAGGACUCGUGCCCCAUGGCAUGGGUCAAGCUGUUCAGGAAGCCGGGGAGCGGAGGCUUUGGCGCUGGUACAGGAGGCGUGGCAGGUCCAGGCUUGGGGAAAUCAUAUCAGCCAGGAAGCAUGCUCUCACUGGCUCUCACCAAGGGUCUGCUCAAUGAACCCGGCCAGAACAGCUGCUUCCUCAACAGCGCUGUGCAGGUUCUCUGGCAGCUGGACAUCUUCAGGAGGAGUCUGAGGCAACUCUCGGCUCAUUUCUGCCUGGGUGACGCCUGCAUCUUCUGCGCUUUAAAGAGCAUCUUCAGUCAGUUCCAGCAGAGUCGGGAGCGAGUGUUGCCCUCAGACUCGCUGCGUCACGCUCUGGCCGAGACCUUUAAGGACGAGCAGCGUUUCCAGCUCGGACUCAUGGACGACGCUGCCGAAUGUUUUGAAAACAUUCUGGAGAGGAUUCAUCUGCACUUGGUGUGUGAUUCAGGUGAAAUUUGUACCUCCAGGUCCUGCAUCACGCACCAGAAGUUCGCCAUGACUCUGUACGAACAGUUUGUGUGUCGGAGUUGUGGAGCGUCGCUGGAUCCUCUUCCCUUCACCGAGUUAGUGCACUACGUGUCCACUACGGCCCUCUGUCAGCAGGUGGAGCGUGCGUUGGAGAGGACGGACCGGCUGCGCUCUGAUAUGUUCAGUGAACUGCUGCAGGCAGCAAACACCAUGGGAGAUCUGCGCAACUGCCCUAGUAACUGCGGGCAGAGCAUCAAGAUCCGCCGCGUGCUAAUGAACUGUCCCGAGAUCGUCACCAUCGGCUUCGUGUGGGACGCGGAACAGUCGGAUCUGACCGAGGACGUAAUCCGCUCUCUCGGGCCUCACCUCAACCUGUCAGGGCUCUUCUACAGAGUUACCGAUGAAAAUGCUAAGAAGCGAGAGCUUCACCUGGUGGGAAUGAUCUGCUACUCCAGCCGCCAUUACCUCGCCUUCGCCUACCACAGCAAGUCUUCCAAAUGGGUGUUCUUCGAUGACGCCACGGUGAAAGAGAUUGGCUCUAAAUGGAAGGACGUUGCGUCAAAGUGUAUCCGAGGACAUUUCCAGCCGCUGCUUCUGUUCUACGCUAACCCGGAUGGCAGCGCCGUGUCCAAUGAAGACGCCCCCCGACAGACCACCAUGUGGUCCCAGUACAAAUCUGCCCUCAAUGGGGAUGGGCCAGGCAACGUCAUGAUCUCAGGCCCAAAGAGACUUGACGGAGGAAGAGAAGCUGCAGCGUCACUGCGCAAUAUAAACAAACACACACUGCAGUCAGCAAACCGCAUUAAAGUUUAUCCCGACGGUCCGAGAGAGACGUCACACGGAGCAGAGAGAGCGAGACGAGAAACUGACCGAGUCCAUCGCAGGGCAGAUACACUUCAACACAGAGAUGUGACGUAUCCAGGAUCGUCCUGUCCUUCUGAGAAUGGCCCUCGCUCCCACUCUGACCACAGAACACAGAGAAUGCCCCGCCCAGAUCGCACAGAUAUCUCCGCCCCCCACAUGAACACGGUUGGAGGUCCGGGUGGAAAGCCCAAGCCGUCGUGGCGUCCUGUGCGUGAGGUCCUGAACGUGGACAGAGUCCUGAGUGAACUGGAGCUCAGGAAACAGCAGCAGCAAGUCCAUGGAAGUCCACGCUGUAAUCGCCGCCAGGAGAGGGCGCUGUCCGAGCGCGGGCCCCGAGGACUCAUGACCAUCUACGAGGACGAGACCAGGCCGGAGACAGAGAGCCGCAGUUCUCAGGAGUCUCGACGUGACGCCGUGCUUAGGGGCGGAGCCACUGCAGUGCCCAGAGCAGACCAUUGGACGAUCCAGAGGACAGAGUCGGGUUACGAGAGCAGUGAUAGGCUGAGCAGCGGUUCUGCCAACGCUGACUCUCCGGUAGUGGAGAACCUGCUAGGGACAGAGACACGAGGAACUGAGUCUCAACAGCUCAGAGCUCCAGUGCACACUCACAGUCGUGUGGACGGUAAAACGGAGGCGGUGCGCUCGCCGAUGAUUCACAUUAAACAUGUGCUGAAGAUUCAGGGCCGGAAGUCCGAGAAUCUGCUGAAAGGAAGUCCAAAUGCGAGUCCCAGGCGAAAGCAGAGAUACUCGUCCUCCGAGUGUAACAGCUCAGACGAGACGAGUAACACGGCGUCCGAGCAGGAGGACAGCGCCUACCGCUCCAGCACCAGCGAGACCGCGCCCGCCGAGUCGUCCCUGGCCCCGCACACUCCGCCCUCACGCCCUAAACACGCCCAGCGGGCAGCAGACGCCCGGAGAGAGCCGCCUUUCCGCCCUCGACUCCUCCAGACACCACUGUCUGAUCUGAAGUGUGUGGCGGAGCCGGAGCGGAGAGACGAGGAGACGAGCGAGACGGAGCAGAGCCGGAGUAAAGCUGGAGUCUCACUCACCACCUAUUUCUCUGUGGACAGCUGCAUGACGGAUGCGUACAGACUGAAGUAUCAUCACCAGAGACCGCUGGUGCUCAGCAUGGCUCCGCCUCCCACCGAUCACGCCAAGAUCCGAGCUGACACAGGUUCAAACAGCAAUAAAUCCAUGGCAAAGUGGCACCCGGUGUCUCCUAAAGGACUGGACGAGCACGGAUAUCUGUGACGGUGUGGGAGAGAGACAUGUCCUCGUCAGUGCCAGUGUGUAUCAACACGUGGAACACGCACCGCUGUGACUCGCUCAUUUACAAUCGCCUGUUUUAUAUUAAAUAACUCUUCUUUUUUGUAAAGGGCCGUUGUGAAUAUGCAGUUUAAAGCUGAAGGCCAAAGAGUCCUGGAAGAGAACGGAUCAUCACGGAAAGCCGGACGGUUUCAUGCUUUAUUGAUGAAAUUCUGACCGGGAUAAAAAAUAAGAAAUAAAAUGUCCAUCAGGUUUAUUAUUCCUCUCAAAAACGCAGAAUUUGAUCCGGAACAGAAGUGUAAAGGUCGGAGGUGAGUGCCUUCUCUCGGUGUCGUCAUGCAGGACCGCGGCGUCUGAAAGGACUCUACCACCACGUCCUCUACAUAUAUUUUUCAAAAUUGUCUAUGCAUUCAUUUUUAUUCUUUGUUUAAUAAACUUGAUUUAAAACA